AUGGGAUUUUUAUGUUUCGAUUAUAACCCUAAAUCUUCAUUUGAUUUUAAAGAUUCUAAGUUUAGAAAAUCAUUAAACGAAAUAUCUGUAUUAGUAAUUGGCGAUAACCAAGUUGGUAAAGGCUUUUUAAUGAGCUCUUUAAUCCGUCUUGGCUAAAGUUUAGGUCCUGGUCAGGAAAAAUUCCGAUACUAAAAUAAAAUUAUCUCCUUUUAAAGGCUUUCUAAAAGUGAUCCUGAAUAUUUCCGUUUAAAUGACAAUUAUUUAAACGAGGCCGAUGUAGUUCUUGUUUGUGUUGAUUUAUCUAACAAAUCCACAAUAGAGAAUUGUCAAGAAAACUUUUUUGAAAUUAUAUUAUCUUAUAUCACAAAAAAUACUGAAAAAGAAUUUCGUUGUAUUGUAGUCGGUUGCAAAAGUGACCUUUUAAUUAAUCAAUAAGAAGAAGAAUCAAUUCAAUAAUAAUGUCGGAAUUUACGAAUUCCUUAUAUAUCUGUCUCUUCUUUAAAAAAUAAAAGAGUUACCGAUCUACUCAAUUAAAUUCAAGAUUUUAAAAACAUCAAUAUAAAUAAAGAUACAGUCCAAGAUUAAAUUUCAAUUAUCUAAACCUAAUCUAUCCGUUCUUAACAACCCCAAAGUUAAUAAUAAAAGCCCACCUAACACAACAGAGCUUUAAAUUAAGUAAAUUUAGCACCAAUUCUAUAACCUGAUGAAGAAAGUAAAAUAGACACCUAAUUAAUGAAAUAAGGUAGCCAUGUAUUAUAAAAUACACAAAGAUACAUCCGAAUCAUCCCUCAUGAAAAGAUGUACGUAAAAAACCGACUAUAACUAGAUAAAGGCAACUUUGGUAUAGUAUAUAAGAUAAUGUACGAAAACGAAUAUUGUGCUCUUAAAAUAUGCAAAAUCGAAAUGAACGAUGAUUCUGCUCUAAAUAGAUUCCAAAUAAUAUUUUCUGAAGCCGAAAAUAUGCAAAAAUUCAUGUUGAUAAAAAAUAUGAGAAUUAUGCCUUUAAAAGGAAUGUCUUUUUAAGUCGAUAUGUAAAGGCAAAAUGUCCUUAUUGGUUAUUGGAUGCCUUUAUGUAAAUGUUCUUUAAAAAAACUCAUAAAGGAUAAUUUUAAUGAUAUUUCUAUAGCUUAGAAAAUUUUUUGGUCUUUGUAAUUAAUUGAGAGUUUGGAAAUUUUCAAUGAGUAUAAAAUUUAACAUAUGGAUUUAAAACCUUAGAAUAUACUAUUGGAUUUAAAUGAUGAUAUUAUUGUCUCGGAUUUGUCAAUGAGUAAAGUUUAUGAGGAAAUAUAAACAGAAGCAUUUAAUAUGUUGGGAACUACUGCUAAAUAUGCACAUCCAGCGGCUAUUAUUAAUCAUGAAUUAUCACCUAGAUUUGAUAUUUAUAGCUUUGGAUGUAUUCUUUUGGAACUUUUUACUGGAAAAUAACCAUGGGGAUCAAUUAAAAGAGAAGAAUUAAAGGAAAUUUAUUAAUAAAUACUAAGUGAACCAGAAAAAAUGAAUACUCUGGUUUAUCAUAAAGAAAAUUAUCCGAAUACUAUAAGGUAUAUUGAAGGAAAGUUCUAGCCAAUUUAAGAUAUUAUUAAUAUGUGCUGUGUGUAGAUUUUUAUUAAAUAAAAAAAAGAUGAAAUUACGAUUGAAAAUAUAAAAAAAAAAUUUCUUUAGCUUUAAGAAACUUUAAAAAUUAAUAUAAAUAAUAGUAUUAAUAAUUAGGAGUAAAUCUGA